ACAAAACAAAAAAAAAUAAUGAAUUCUAAUGAGCAUCAAUCAAAUUCAUCACAGCAAACAAAAAAAUUCAAACAUCAACCAUGUUCCGGUGUGUUUCGUUCCGAAGAGAUGUUGUUAUGUCAACUAUUUCUACGAUCAAACGUUUCAUUUGAAACUACAUGUCGUCUUGGCGAAUUGGGAAUCGUUGAAUUUCGUGAUCUAAACGCCGAUCUAAAUGCAUAUCAACGAAAAUAUGUCGAUGAAAUCAAACAUAUUGGUGAAGUUCAACGUAAAUUAAUUUAUCUGUCACAACAAUUGCAGAAAAGUGAUUUGCCUAUUGUCAAGCCGAUUGGUGAUCCGGCCAUACCGAAAUAUAAGGAAAUUAUUGCAUUAGAAAAUCAGAUUGAAAAAUUGGAUAAUGAUCUACGUGAAAUUAAUGAACAUCUAUAUACACUACGUUUGGAACGAUCAGAAUUGGUGGAAAUGUCAAUGAUUUUGGCUAAAACAAAUCAACUACUUGAAACAACACGUAGACAGCAGCGAGCAUCUUUCAAUGGACAAUACCCGAUUACCGAUUCAGGUAAUCAAAAUCAGGCAUUAGAUCUGGAUCCUGAACAAUCAUCGAUUGGUGUUCCCAAACAACCACAAAAACAAGGAUUCGAAUGUAAUAAAAUCUAUACAAUAACUGGAUUAUUGCGAGCUGAAAAGGCACUUGCAUUUCGUAAAGUUAUAUGGAGGGUUUGUGGUCAGAAUGCAUUGGUACAAUUUUUUGAUAUUGACAAUCCAAUCGAUGAUGCAAAAGCUGAAGAAUUUGUACAGAAAAAAGUUUUUCUUGUCAUGUGUCAAGGUGAUAAAUUGUAUGGAAAAAUUGAGAAAAUUUGCAACGGUUUCCAUGCAUCGAAAUAUCCAUUGCCCGAUGAUGAAGAUCAUUAUCGACUUUUGUGUCUGAAAGUCGAACAGGAUCUAAAAGAUAUUCAGUUGGUUAUCGAAAAAACCAGUCAACAGCAUUUGAAAAUAUUGACAGCCGUUGCUCAGCCGAAAAACUUUCCCACAUGGAUGGUACAAGUGACAAAACUUCGUGCCAUAUUCACCACAAUGAAUUUGUAUCAAAAAACAGAGAAAGGUUUCCUUGCUGAAGGAUGGUGUGCUCGUAGUGAUUAUUAUCUACUAAAUGGUAUCAUACAAGAAAUCAAUGAUCGUGCCGGUAUUCUUGGCCAAGCUGUUGUUGAAAAAGUGUCUACAACAAGUACACCACCUACAUAUUUUCGUUUGAAUCGUUUUACACAAGGAUUUCAAAAUAUUGUCGAUUCAUAUGGUAUGGCUACGUAUCGUGAAAUGAAUCCAGCACCAUAUACAAUUAUUACAUUUCCAUUCCUAUUUGCUAUGAUGUUUGCCGAUGCUGGCCAUGGAUUAAUAAUGAUGUUGUUCGGUUUAUGGAUGGUACUAUAUGAACGAAAACUUAAUGGCAAAAGUAAUAAUGAAAUAUGGCUCACAUUUUUUGAUGGCCGUUACAUCAUUCUAUUGAUGGGUGCAUUUUCCAUUUAUACUGGUUCCAUAUAUAAUGAUAUUUUUGCUAAAGGUUACAAUCUGUUUGGUACAUGUUUUGAUUCACAUGCAACAGAAAUCAAACUAUACGAUGAUUUAAUCAUAGCUAAUAAUGGCAGCCAUAACAGUAACGAUACUGUAUUCAAUAAGAAAUUAGAAAUUUACAUACCAAAAGGUGAUCGAUCAUAUCCAUAUGGUAUUGAUCCAGCAUGGCAAAUUUCAUCAAACAAAAUUAUAUUUUUAAAUUCAUUCAAAAUGAAACUUUCAGUUAUUGUCGGUGUUUUACAGAUGCUUUUCGGUGUAAUGAUUUCACUUUGUAAUCAUAUCAAUGCUAAAAGUUGGACAUCGAUUGUUUUUGAAUUUAUACCACAGUUAAUAUUUUUACUUUCAUUAUUUGGCUAUAUGAUAAUAUUGAUAUUUGUUAAAUGGUUACGUACAUGGUCACCACCAUCAAAUGCACCAUCUAUUCUUAUUGAUUUUAUCAAUAUGUUUUUAAUGAAAUAUCCAAAUGAAAAUGAACCACAAACCAUUUAUCUUAAUCCAUGGUAUCCACAUAAACAAGAAAUACAGACCAUAUUAUUGAUAUUGGCAUUAUUACAGGUUCCAAUCAUGUUAUUAGUAAAGCCAAUAAUUAAAGUAUUUUUCAGUAAUCGUCAAAAACGACAACCAGCUAAUAUUGAAGAAUCGACAUCAAAUAAUCAACAACAACAACAACAACAAGGUGAUUCUAAUAAUCACGAAGAAAGUACUGGUGAUAUAUUCACACAUCAAGCCAUACAUACAAUUGAAUAUUGUCUUGGUUCAAUAUCACAUACAGCAUCCUAUCUACGUUUAUGGGCAUUAUCAUUGGCACAUAGUCAAUUAUCUGAAGUACUUUGGCAAAGAGUAAUGCAUGCUGGAUUUGCAACGGAAAAUUCUAAUCUAAUUAUUCGUGUCAUUAUGACAUAUCUAACAUUUGGAUUAUGGGCAGUAUUAACCAUUGCCAUAUUGAUUGUAAUGGAAGGAUUAUCAGCAUUUUUACAUGCAUUACGUUUACAUUGGGUUGAAUUUCAAUCAAAAUUUUAUACUGGUGCCGGUUAUGCAUUUCGUCCAUUUUAUUUGAAAAGAAUUCUAACCGAAACAAAUAUAUUGAUUGAAUAGAUAAA